UCUCGCUCUUCCCCACAUCACCCCUCUCGUUCACUCUCUCUCUCUCUGUCAGUCCUUUCUUUGUUUAAAGGCUAAUUGACCCAGCUUCAGAUCAGAGGCACUCAGUGCUUGGUCUGCCACAAACAUCGCAGCUCUUGAAGAGAGAGAGAACGUGGUGGUCACUGUGGAACCAACAGUGUGUGUGCGUAUGCGUGUGUGUGUGUGUGUGUGUGUGUAAGAGGAAGCCCAUGCUAGCAGUGCGUGGACUCAACAGCAGCUUUCUGUUCCAAGCAGACCCAAACAUGUGAGAAGAUGUCUGUUGGAGGUUGCGCUUGCCCAGGCUGUUCGUCCAAGUCGUUCAAGCUGUACUCCCCAAAGGAGCCUCCCAACGGUAGUGCCUUCCCCCCAUUUCACCCAGGCACUAUGCUGGACAGAGAUGUGGGCCCGACGCCAAUGUACACCCCUUCGUACAUGGAACCAGGAAUUGGGAGGCAUACACCGUAUGGAAACCAAACAGACUACAGGAUAUUUGAACUCAAUAAACGGCUGCAGAACUGGACAGAGCAGGAUUGUGACAAUCUGUGGUGGGAUGCCUUCACUACAGAAUUCUUCGAAGAUGAUGCCAUGUUAACAGUCACAUUCUGUUUGGAAGAUGGCCCUAAAAGAUACACUAUCGGCCGGACGCUGAUUCCUCGGUACUUUAGAAGUAUCUUUGAGGGAGGAGCUACUGAACUCUUCUAUGUACUAAAGCAUCCAAAGGAGUCUUUCCACAGCAACUUUGUUUCUCUUGAUUGCGAUCAGUGCACCAUGGUCACACAGAACGGCAAGCCCAUGUUUACACAGGUUUGUGUAGAAGGCAGGUUAUAUCUGGAAUUCAUGUUUGAUGAUAUGAUGCGAAUAAAGACGUGGCACUUCAGCAUCAGACAGCAUCGGGAAGUCGUUCCACGCAGCAUAUUGGCCAUGCAUGCACAAGACCCACAGAUGCUUGACCAGCUUUCAAAAAACAUCACAAGAUGUGGGUUGUCCAAUUCAACAUUAAACUACCUCCGACUCUGUGUAAUCCUGGAACCCAUGCAGGAGUUAAUGUCCAGACACAAGACAUAUAGCCUCAGUCCUCGAGAUUGUUUAAAGACCUGCUUAUUUCAGAAAUGGCAAAGGAUGGUUGCCCCACCAGCUGAGCCAGCAAGACAAGCGCCAAACAAGCGACGGAAACGAAAGAUGUCUGGUGGCAGCACUGUGAGCACUGGUGGAGGCAACAACAAUAACAGCAACAGCAAGAAGAAAAGUCCGGCCAACAACUUUGCGCUCUCCAGCCAGGUACCUGACGUGAUGGUGGUGGGUGAGCCCACUCUGAUGGGAGGGGAGUUCGGGGACGAGGAUGAGCGGCUGAUCACACGACUGGAGAAUACGCAGUUUGAUGCGGCCAAUGGCAUCGAUGAUGAGGACAGUUUCAGCAACUCCCCAGCUUUAGGCAACAACAGCCCGUGGAACAGCAAAGCUCCCUCCAGCCAGGAGAGCAAGAGCGACAACCCCAGCUCCCAAUCGGCCCCAUAGACUGGAAUACUCACUGUGUAUAGAUAGGGAGAUGGCAAUACCAAAUGCCUGCUUUUGUUCAGAAUGGCACUCGCAUUGUAGUAACGCCAGCCUUCCUAAUGCAGUGUUCUGCUCCAGGGAGUCCUCACUGGCCAGUUUGUCAACUUGUGAAAUUGUGAUUUGCUGCAUAUUGUAGGAUUUCAAUUUGAUACAGUUAAAUUUCAUAAUCGAACAGUUUCUUUUAAAAGAGCUCACUGUGCAUUUUGUGCCUGAGAGAAAUUCCAGUGUUUGGUCCGUUUGAGUUCUCUGAGCCUCAGAGUUAGUGAAGGAAGUCCAUGUCUGUGGGUUCUUGUUCCAACCUCGGGUCUCAGUGGGUGCUGUGCUUAACAAUGCAUGGCGGUUUCUGUUAUGCUCACUUUCACAUGGAAGGCUUCUUUUAUUGAAUCAUCUAAUGAUAACUAUUAUGUGCACCUCAGACUCAAAACCAACGCUAAAUUAUUUGUUUUGUAGGACCUGGUUGGAACAAAAACCUGUACAGUUCCAGAGCUUGAGGACCGGAGUUGAGAACCACUACGUAAAAUCUUUUAAGAAAGAAAUAAAUUAAUAAAAAAAAAGAUAAGCAAAUAAGUGAAAGCCUCGAUGGUACUGGAAUUGUGGUCAUGCUCAGUAUGGUCAUAAGCUGAAGUGGACCAUGAGGACAGGCUCCAAAGAGGUGUUUGUUUUUCUCAAUUUUUUUUUCUCAAUUUUUCUUUUUAUUAUUAUUAUUUUUAUUUUUCUAGCAAUUUGUAAGGGAAAAAAGUACAAAAUACCCUGAAUAUCCUUUGCACUGUUGCCACUCUAUUUUUUAUCUAUUUUUCUUAAAAGAAAAUUAUCAUACAUGUUUUUUUUUUUUGUUUGGUUUUUUUAAAUCCUGCCCUAUUAAUAUUAAGUGGAAUUUAAUUAAUUAUGUAACUGGAGAAUGGUAGAUUUAUAUAUGAUCAUUUGUAUUAUUAAAAUUAUUACUUUGUGGUACAAAGCUGAGGUCCUGGUAAUGUUGUACUAAAGGUUUCAUGGCAUGUAUGUCUGAAAUCUGCAUCUUCCAGAUAUAAGGCUUACAGAUUAUUUGUAGGAUCUCCCCUUUUUAUGUAUUCCUAUUUGAAGGCCUUUACCUCCGUGUGUACGGUACACACACUCGGUAAUUUAAGUCCAUACGAAAGAUUUUUAAUCUGUACAGGACAGUAGUCAACUCUAUACCUAUUAAAGUCUUCAUGGUACAUUAACCAUGGUUUCAAAGGCAGAAGCAAAGCACCUCUUUUCCUCAACAAUAGAGUUGAUUGAUGAUUAUUGUAGUCUCCCAUGUAUGGGUUUGUUAUUGUUUAUUUUAUUUUUUUAUUUUUUUUUUUAAAUAUAUGCUACAGACCAAGGAGCAAUGAGCAAGAUAAUUCAACUGAACUAUUGUGUAUUUGAUUCUAUGAAGAAAACCUUUCAUAAUUUUGUUUGUGUAUUUGUGCUUGUAUAUUUAAGACUGUAGCUAAGGUCUGUAUAAGUGUAACUGUAUUUACUCGUCUUUAGAACAUCUCUAAAGAUCUGCAUUUUAAUGUAAAAAAACAAAAUCCAUGCAUUGUAGUCAGUGUUCUUUAGAGAUAAUAGCCAUAGGUAUCAUUUAUUUCUGGGAUUUAGUUUAUAGGUUUUUCAGUGUACAAUGUAUUUAUUUUCUUUUUCAUUGCCAUUGCAUCAUGUGUGUAUACAUUACAUUAUGUCAGAAUUCUGCCAUCUUCAAAGAGAACGAUGGCAUUGCCAUUUUCUAUUUCUCAUCACCUCAUCAUUUCAGUUUGUUAAAAAACAAAACUAAAAGUUAUCUGGCAAAAAAAAAAUAAUCAGUCCUUAAGCUUUUAAAACCCAAAAGAUUAAAACACCAGAGGGCAUUGCGUGUUUUGGUUCUGUGUACUUAAACAAGGGAAGAAUUAUACUAAUUCAGCUAAGUAUUCUGCUAAAUCUUCUGGAUGAUUUAUACAUAUAUAUAAAAAAAAAACUCCAGUAAAAUACUUGUUAAAAUCCCUUUCUUUGUCACCAUUAGGGGUUUUCACUAAAUUAACAGUAAAGGGUUAAACCCUUUUUGUGUCCCUGUCAAGCCCCUUUGAUAGUGGCAGUUUGAUAAAUCUAUUUUUUUCUAUUGUCUGCUCUUGACGAUUCAUGUAUGGUAUAAUAAACCAAUUUUCAUGUAAA